AUGCCAGGACGGGUCCUGCCGACCUUCACGCCCGCCGAGGUUGAAUCGCAUAACAGCACCAAAUCCUGCUACAUAACUAUCGGUCGCAAGGUCUACGAUGUCACCGAGUUUUUGGAGGAUCACCCGGGUGGUGGUGACUUGAUUUUGGAUUACGCAGGCAAGGAUGUGGAGGAGAUCAUGAAAGAUGAAAUUUCCCAUGAGCACAGUGAGGCCGCCUACGAGAUCCUGAUGGACUAUCACGUCGGAUUCAUUUCCUCGGAUGCAUCCGGAAAAUCAAAGGCAUCUGGGGCCGAUAUUAACGAGACGGAUUCCGGUCCGUGUUACGAAACCACCGGCAUGUCUCGGGAAGAAGACCUGUCAGUCGACACCGACUAUACUCAGGACUUCAAGACACACAAGUUCCUGGAUCUCAACAAGCCACUGUUUGCUCAGCUUUGGUACAGCAACUUCUCUAAGGAGUUCUAUCUGGAGCAGAUCCACCGGCCUCGGCACUACAAGGGAGGCGCCUCUGCUCCGCUUUUUGGCAACAUCCUUGAGCCCCUCAGCAAGACCGCCUGGUAUGUUGUGCCUAUGAUCUGGCUGCCACUAGUUUUCUAUGGCACUAUGGUUGGAGCUCAAGGCCUCGGGAACCCCACUGCGGCUGCCGCCUAUUGGAUUGGUGGUGUUUGCCUCUGGACUUUGAUCGAGUACAUCUUGCACCGCUUUCUUUUCCACGUCGACAAAUGGCUCCCGGACAACCGAGUUGGUCUGACCCUUCACUUCCUCCUCCACGGCAUCCACCACUACCUGCCCAUGGACCGGUACCGGCUUGUCAUGCCUCCUACACUGUUUGUGAUUCUGGCAGCUCCUUUCUGGAAACUUGCCCACACCAUCUUCUUCUACAACUGGUUUGCAGCAGUACAGGUAUUCUGUGGUGGUGUCUUUGGCUACGUCUGCUACGAUUUGACCCACUAUUUCCUCCACCACCGCAAUCUUCCUUUGUACUACAAAGAGCUCAAGAAGUACCACCUCCAGCACCACUACGCUGACUUCGAGAACGGAUUCGGCGUAACCAGCCGAUUCUGGGAUCGGGUGUUCGGCACUGAGUUGGAGACACCUGCUCCCAAGGUUGAGAAGGCUCAGUGA